AGUGUUGAUGUUUUCCAGUCCCGGGGACAAGUGGGAAGCCUGGAGGCGCGGUGCUCUGAUCGGGCACGAGGCCGGCUACUGGUUCUCUCUCGGUGUGCAAGCUACCGACGUGGAGCCUCGAGGAAAGAACGUCAAGCUCGAGGACGUGGACGAAAACCGUCAAAAACAACUGCUGAGGCAACAAGGCUUCCCACUUAGCAACCAGAGACGGCGAGAGCCCUGGAAGACGAGCGCUGGGCUCUGAUUGGCAGGGGGACACCGUAGGGGACUGACAGAGCUCUUCAGAUUGGCUGGCAUCCUCAAUUGUUGUGGCUGGUGGCGGAGAGCUUGCCCACGUACUUCCGAGCGACAGGCAGGGCUGUGCCCUGGCGCGCAGGCGCAGCGCCCCAGGGCCCCACCCGGUAGUUGAAGAACCUGGGAAGGGGCGGAGCCAGGAGGUGCUUGUUUUGGUUCUGUUGCCUUUGGAGCAGAAGGCCUGGACGGACUUGAGCAGGAAACUUGGGCUUCGACAGAAGACUUCGACAGUGUGGCCGGGGGGCCAAGGCGACAACUCAACCCUUAGCGGCGCCUUCGUGCUAGACUUCACAUCCGGGGCUUCCUCCCGGCGUGACCCGCGCGCCACCGACAGUUCUCGAACCGGUGCCUUCACAGCUCUUUAUCCGGGCCUAGCUACUCCCGUCGUGCUUCGCGCCCGACAGUAGCCCCCUCAUCCGGGUUCUCUCCCGGCGUGCUUCGCGCUUGGUUUGCUGGGGGGUAUUCGGAGGUGCCGCCAUGACUAUUCUCCCCAAAAAGAAGCCGCCGCCUCCCGACGCUGACCCCGCCAACGAGCCGCCGCCGUCCGGGCCGCUGCCCCCGGCGCCGCGCCGCGGCGGGGGCGUAGGCGUGGGCGGCGGCGGCCCGGGAGUGGGCGGUGGCGACCGCGACCGUGACUCGGGGGUCGUAGGGGCCCGUCCCCGGGCUUCGCCGCCGCCCCAGGGCCCGCUGCCGGGGCCUCCAGGCGCGCUUCACCGCUGGGCGCUAGCCGUGCCACCGGGCGCAGUGGCGGGCCCUCGGCCGCAGCAGGCUUCUCCACCUCCUUGUGGAGGUCCUGGAGGUCCCGGAGGCGGUCCUGGUGAUGCUCUGGGUGCAGCUGCGGCAGGGGUAGGCGCACCGGGCGUGGUGGUGGGCGUCGGUGGUGCUGUGGGCGUGGGGGGCUGCUGCUCAGGCCCGGGACAUAGCAAGCGGCGUCGUCAGGCUCCUGGUGUUGGCGCUGUUGGCGGGGGCAGUCCGGAGCGUGAGGAGGUCGGUGCGGGCUACAAUAGUGAGGACGAGUAUGAGGCUGCAGCUGCGCGCAUCGAAGCCAUGGACCCUGCGACAGUGGAACAGCAGGAGCACUGGUUUGAGAAGGCCCUGCGAGACAAGAAAGGCUUCAUCAUCAAGCAGAUGAAGGAAGACGGCGCCUGUCUUUUCCGGGCUGUAGCUGACCAGGUGUAUGGAGACCAGGACAUGCAUGAGGUUGUACGAAAGCACUGCAUGGACUAUCUGAUGAAGAAUGCCGACUACUUUUCCAAUUACGUCACAGAGGACUUCACCACCUACAUCAACCGCAAGCGGAAAAAUAACUGCCAUGGCAACCACAUUGAGAUGCAGGCCAUGGCGGAGAUGUAUAACCGUCCCGUGGAGGUGUACCAGUAUAGCACAGGUACUUCUGCUGUAGAACCUAUCAACACAUUCCAUGGGAUACAUCAAAAUGAGGAUGAGCCCAUCCGCGUCAGCUACCACCGGAAUAUCCACUAUAAUUCAGUGGUGAAUCCUAACAAGGCCACCAUUGGCGUGGGGCUGGGCCUGCCAUCCUUCAAACCAGGGUUUGCAGAACAGUCCCUGAUGAAGAAUGCCAUAAAGACAUCGGAGGAGUCCUGGAUUGAACAGCAGAUGUUAGAAGACAAGAAACGGGCUACAGAUUGGGAGGCUACAAAUGAGGCCAUUGAGGAGCAGGUGGCUAGGGAAUCCUACCUGCAGUGGCUGCGGGACCAGGAGAAACAGGCCCGCCAGGUCCGUGGACCUAGCCAGCCCCGGAAAGCCAGUGCCACGUGUAGCUCGGCCACAGCAGCAGCCUCCAGCGGCCUAGAAGAGUGGAGCAGUCGGUCCCCACGGCAGCGGAGUUCAGCUUCAUCCCCGGAGCACCCUGAGCUGCAUGCCGAGUUAGGCAUUAAACCCCCUUCCCCAGGCACUGUCCUAGCGCUUGCCAAACCUCCAUCACCCAGUGCACCAGGUACAAGCAGUCAGUUCUCUGCAGGGGCCGACCGGGCUACUUCCCCCCUCGUGUCUCUCUAUCCUGCUCUGGAAUGCCGGGCUCUCAUUCAGCAGAUGUCCCCUUCUGCCUUUGGUCUGAACGACUGGGAUGAUGAUGAAAUCCUAGCUUCGGUGCUGGCAGUGUCCCAACAGGAAUACCUAGACAGUAUGAAGAAAAACAAAAUGCACAGAGACCCACCCCCGGACAAGAGCUGAUCGAGACCCAGGGACUGGAACCAUCUUCCAAUCUCCCCCUUCUCCUGCCCUCUGAUGCCACCUCGCCACCACCUUUGGCUUUCUUUCCUCUUGCCUCCUUCCCGCUUUCUCUCUCUCCCCCCUCCCCUUUUCCCUCCUCCUUCCUCCUGGCUGACUGCCCACCGCAUUCCCUCUGAAUUGCUGCCGCCACCACCUGUCUCUCCGCCUGCUGAUGUGCCCCAUUGCCCCCCGCACGGCACCAUCCCUGCAUUCCACAGGGGACUCGGGCAAGGGUGCCAGAGGUAGGCGAGAGACAACCAACUGGCAGCCCCAGAGGAAAGUGACAUUUAGAGGAAAGGCUCCCUACCCCUCGCUCCUUCUGAGAUCAGAAAAGCCUGUCAUAUACAUCCCUUCAGUUAUGACAGGCAGCUUGGAGGAAGAAAUAGGGAAUUUCCUUUCCAAGUACCCUAAGAAUGUCUGAGCCUUCAGUGUUGGAUUUUUUCUUUAUUAAAAUGUACUUUUAUCAUAUAAAAGCAACCAAACAAAAAUGAUGUAGACGACAGCAUUGGCUCUGGUAAGGUGGCAUCUCUUUGGUUUGGGGACAGGCAGGCCAUGGGGCAUGGAGGGGGGAUGGCACAAAGAUGUGGAUUUCUGUCUUCCGGCGGACUUCUGUCUUCAGACCUCCAGCUCCUUGGAGGCAGGCAGAGGACCUGGAGUGCAAGCUGGGACACGGGUCGGGGGUCGCAGGCGUCAGACCAGCUGUGGACAAUGAGAUCCUGACCUUGCUGCAUUCCUUUUGCUUCCACCAUCAACGUCACUAAGUCUUCUUGGAAUCUUGGAGUGGGGGGCAUCAGUGGGGAUUGUGAGUACCACCCAGGAUUUGAGUACAGAGAAUGGGAGCAGCCCCAGCAGAUUGGGCACUUGUGCCCUACAGGUGUUGACAAGAUCCGCCAUCUGUAAUGUCCUUGGCACAAUAAAACCAAAUGUCAGUUUCCCUCA